AGGGGAGCCACCAGAGGCAUUAACAGAAAAGCUUAAAUUACCUAAAUGACUGAUAAUGGUCUUCAGCUGCCAAAGAAGGCUGUGGACACCAAGAGAAAGGUAACCAUUUCUCGUCCCCUCGAGUGGAACUGGAUGCCUCUCGGAGCGCGCAGCAGCUGGCGGCAGGCAUGGCUGAACUUACAAGCUACAAGGAUACCGCCUCCAGCCGCCACCUGCGGUUUAAGUUACAGAGUCUAAGCCGCCGUCUCGAUGAGCUGGAGGAAGCCACAAAAAACCUCCAGAAAGCAGAGGAUGAGCUCCUGGACCUCCAGGACAAGGUGAUUCAGGCGGAAGGCAGCAACUCCAGCAUGCUGGCGGAGAUCGAAGUGCUGCGCCAGCGAGUGCUGAGAAUCGAGGGCAAAGAUGAGGAAAUCAAGAGAGCGGAGGACCUGUGUCGGCUGAUGAGGGAGAAGCUGGAAGAGGAAGAAAACCUCACCCGGGGGCUGAAGUCUGAGAUCGAGCGGCUUCAGAAACGAAUGGCCGAGCUGGAGAAGCUGGAGGAGGCCUUCGGCAGGAGCAAGAACGACUGCACCCAGCUCUGUCUGAGUCUGAAUGAGGAGAGGAACCUGACCAAGAAGAUCUCCUCCGAGCUGGAAAUGCUCAGGGUCAAAGUGAAAGAACUGGAAUGUUCCGAGGACCGCCUGGAUAAAACGGAGCAGAGUUUAGUGUCAGAGUUAGAAAAGCUGAAGUCAUUGACUCUGAGCUUUGUGAGUGAGAGAAAAUACUUGAAUGAAAAGGAGAAAGAAAACGAGAAGCUGAUCAGAGAGCUCACCCAGAAACUGGAGCAGAACAAAAAAAUGAACCGAGAUUAUACCAGGAACGCUUCUAAUCUCCUGGAAAGGAACGACCUGCGGAUUGAGGACGGGAUCUGCUCCACGCUGCCGUGCAAAGAAUCAAGGAGGAAGGGCGCUCUGGACUAUCUAAAGCAGGUAGAGAACGAAACCAGAAACAAAUCCGAAAACGAGAAGAACCGAAAUCAGGAAGACAACAAAGUGAAAGACCUUAACCAAGAGAUUGAGAAACUUAAGACACAGAUCAAACAUUUUGAAUUUUUGGAAGAAGAGCUUAAGAAAAUGAGGGCCAAAAAUAAUGAUCUUCAGGAUAAUUACCUAAGUGAACAAAAUAAGAACAAACUCUUGGCCAGCCAGCUGGAGGAGAUAAAGCUACAAAUCAAGAAACAGAAAGAGUUAGAGAACGGGGAGGUGGAAGGGGACGAGGCUUUCCUGUCCGGCAAAGGCAGGCACGAGAGGACUAAGUUGAGAGGCCACGGGACUGAGGCACCUGUGUCCAAGCACACGGCCCGGGAACUGUCCCCUCAGCACAAGCGGGAGAGGCAUCGCAACAGGGAGUUUGCUCUCAACGACAACUAUUCUCUGGGCAACAGGCAGGUCUCCUCUCCUAGUUUCACCAACAGGAGGGCCGCCAAAGCUUCCAACGCGGGGGUGGCUGCGGACAGUGGGACUCAGGAGACGAGGAGGACAGAAGAGCGAUACGCGUCGGGCUCUUCUCAGAGUGAAGGCAGGAAGGCCAGGGAGCAGCCGUCAGUGCUGAGCCGCUACCCGCCCGCGGCGCAGGAGCACAGCAAGGUUUGGAAGGGCGCUCCCAAGCCAGGAGCGGAGAGUGGGUUGAAGGGAAAAGUGGAGAAGACAACACGAACGUUUAGUGACAAUACCACCCAUGGGUCUGUUCCCAGUGACGUACCGGGUAGAGGUGACAAGGCUUCUGACACCUCCAUGGAGGCCCCCUUUGGCAAGAGGGGGCAGGUACCCGGCAACGGAAGUCCGUUAAAUCAGGCUGCAGACUGCGGCAGUCCUAAGGGGAUUGGAUCCCUGGCCUCGUCUCGGAGAUCUUCCUCAGAAGGGCUCUGCAAGGGCAAAAAGGCUGCCGGUGGCCCAGAGGCUGAUAGCAGUUCCCCAAAUUCUAAGCCUCCGCUCUUAUCAAAAUAUCCCUAUAGCUCCAGAAGCCAAGAGAACAUCCUUCAGAGCUUUUCAACCCCAAAUAAAGAAGGCAUCGAUCAACCCGUAGCCGUUGUGAUGGAAGACAGCAGUCAGCACGAGGCCCUGAGGUGCCGAGUCAUCAAAUCCGGUGGCAGAGAGAAGGCGGACUCCGAUGAUGAUGGGGAUGCGGCCUCUCUGGUUACUGCCAAGUUGGUAAACACAACCAUCACUCCGGAGCCGGAGCCCAAACACCAGCCCAGCUCGAGGGAAAAAGCCAAAUCGCGAGGAGGACUUAGAACCUCCCUGUUUGAGAAUGAUAAAGAUGUCGGGACAGAAAAUGAAUCUGGGAAGGCUGUCAGAGCCUCCACCAAUGCCGUCGAGUUCCCAGAUGCCAACGGUGCUGGGGUCAAAAGCCAACGGCCCUUCAGCCCCAGAGAGGCCUUGCGGUCCAGAGCCAUCAUCAAACCCGUCAUCAUUGAUAAGGACGUGAAAAAAAUUAUGGGAGGAUCUGGAACCGAGGCUGCCACGGAGAAGCAGAAAUCCACCUCCAAACCAGGCCCCAACAAGGUGACGAGCAGCAUCACUAUUUAUCCCUCUGACAGCAGCAGCCCUCGAUCCAGCCCGGGCGAGGCCCCCCGGGAGAGGCACACGUCCACCAGCAACAUCCAGGUUGGGCCGGCAGAGCUCACGGCGGUCAGCAACCACGUCAGCUCCCCCUUCGAGCUCUCCAUUCACAAACAUGACAUCGCCCUGCAGUUCACGGAAGCUGAAAGGACGGCAGAUGGGCCCCCGAAGAACAGGCCGGAAACCGUGGUGUCUCGGAGCAGCAUUAUAAUCAAGCCGUCGGAUCCCUCGGAGAGAAACAGCCACACACCCCCAGCGGAGACAAUCAGGUGGAAAAGCCAUAGCGCCCCUUCCGAAGUGGGCUCUGCGGACGCCAGACACGUCACGGUGCGCAACGCCUGGAAGAGCAGGCGGGACUUGAACUCCUCAGAGGACCCCCCAGCCCGAGUAGGGAGAAACGUGGAAGCUGCCAAUGCCUACACCCAGAGGGCCGCCACGGACUGCUCGGACCUCGGACAGCCCAGGUCAUACGUCUGUGAGCCGGGCACUCAAAGGGCAGGAAGUUCAGGGGACGCCCCCGAGCUCGCCUCCAGAAGGACCCAGAGUAGCCUCACCGUGUCCGAGGUACUCAGUCGUCGGAAUCGGGUGGGAAAUGCUGCCGCCGGGGCAGCCUGGAACCACGCGGCAGGCACGGAGGACGGGGACGACUGCACACCCGGUUUCCACAGGCGACCGCACAACCCCCUGGAGCGGUGUGAGCUGCCUGCGAAGCCGGGGCUGUCAGAAUCAGGGCGAGCCCGGGCCGAGGAGCGGUUACGGCCAGCCCGGCCCUGCGCCGAGGACAACUGAGCCGGCUGGGUGAGGUCUGCUGUCCCCUGGGCUCCCGCUUCUCCACCCUCCUGCCUUCCUGCCCUCCGAAGGAUGCGAGGCCCGUUAACCCGGCUGGACGCCAGGCCUUGGCUGGGAGACGACGGCAGGCCUGGCUGUGGCUCAGGUCGUUCUGCCAGCUGGCCAGAGGGCUCCGAAACUACAAGCUGGACCUAAGUCACGCAGGCCCAGCCUUCCCCGAUGCAUGAGUCCUCUCUCCUCGUCCCUGUCCCCAGGUCGCGUAGGUCCCGCUGGCCCCCAGACGGGGAAAGCUAUAGAAAGCCCUCGUAUCCUCACCACACAACAGCAGCCGAAGGCCCUUCCCUGCUCCUCGGUGGGGCAGGGGGCGCCCCUUCAGCGUGGCUAGUUUCUUAGUCUCCUCACUGCACCCCGUUCACUCCUUGUCUGCUCUCGGGGCCCGAGUACCCGCUGAGACUCCACAGCCGUCGGCUCCAUGGGGCGGGGGGACACCCGCUCCUCUCCCCUUUGGCGUUCCUCAGACUUGGACAGCAGAAGAGGCCUGUGCUGCCUCUAAGGGACUGUGGGAGCACCCUUCAGGCUGACGCUUCUCGGACGCGGCCCCCCGGGGCGGAACACACGGGUACCACCUAUCGGAAUGAUGUCAUCCCUCCCCCUCCCCUGGCUCUCUGCUCACCUUCCAAAGGCACCUGGAAGCGCACAAGCCUCACGCAUCUCCUUUCCUGGGCACCAAUAAUGCUGCUGGCACUGCCCGCCCCUCUCCCUCGGCUGGAGACUUCAGGCCAACUCCGUCAUUUCCACCCUUCAGAAUAUUCCGGAACUAAACUGGGCCUGACCCAGUGUACUCUGCCUUCUAGAAGUGCCCAGCAAGGGGGAAAGUGGGCAGGGAGAAGCGUCUCCCGUCACUCCACAAAGCAAUAUUUCCAUGAGCGGCAUGGACUCGUUCCUCUUCCUUCGCGCCCCGGGGAGGAGGUGUUGCACUUUACCAGGCUGAGGCGUUCCUGCAGAAGCGGGCCCUUGGCUUCUGCAAACUCGUUAGGACUUCACUGGAGGACAGGUCAUACUAAAUGCCUAUCGAGGGCCCCAGGUUUGUACAGUGCAAAAUGCAGCAAAGCUUUCAGGAAGCCACAC